GUACACUUGUCACGUCAAGAGAGCAAGGCUUGAGGGAAUAGGGAAUGCUUUUCCUAAACAAAUUAGGAAUUUCGUUAACAACUUUUCAUUCAGAAAUUGCUAUAAUUAUGUUGCAGCUUCAGCAAUACGGACAUCGCUAUACACACUGUUGAUGUGUGGUGGUCGCUGCAGCAGGGAGGAGAGAGAGACAACGGGUGCUAGUCACAAAGUCACUCGCUAUCUUUUUUAUUUUAACACAUUGCAGCAAGUCUGAGCCAGGUGGCACAGCCAAAUGCAUUGUGGUUGAACUCCCUGUAGUCAUUUGUGCGUCAAUUAUUUCAUCAAACAGUUCGCUUAAAAGAAUCAGACACGCUCAGUGGAUAUAGUUGAUUUAAAUAAAGCACAUAGGAUGUGUCUAUAUGGAAAAAUACACGUUUUAAAAUUUCGACCAAUGGAUUCGUCAAAAGAACAGAUGACUCUUGGUCGACCAAGAUUUUUUUUAGUCGGGGACAGCCCUAGUGCCAGCGCUUAACGUCCAGCCAGCCAUAAGAUUAGCCAAUGCUGUACUGAACACUCAGUCUGCAGCCAAGCUAUUCGUUUGCAUUUAGGCUAUUAUCCACUUCAUCAACAGGUGUAUGUCAAAUAAACGAACAUGGCAGAGCAGAAAAUUGAAGAUCAAGAGAUAGGCAACAAAAAAACACGGGAAGAAAGGCUGCAACAAUUUGCUAACCACGACAGUGACCAUUUUAAGACAAAUGCACUUAAACUCAUCAACGCAAUGACUGAGCUCUGUAAGGGGAACACUUCCAAUAAAGGGCUUCUGGCUGAGAUGCUUCACAGCAUUUUUUUCUUAGGGUUGAUUCAUGAGAAGAAAGAAAAGAAUACAUUAAAAAAGGAUGAAAUCAAGCCAAAAGACAUUUUCUCAAAAUGUCCAGAAUUGAUGGAGAAACUGCAGGGAGAACAUUCAGAUGCAUUUACGGCGUACAACAAGAAAUUACCCAAAAGGACACCAUUUUCAUGUUUUCUGGAUCAGGUUGUGUCCAACAUCGGAGAAGAAAAUGAAGAUGCCAUAAAGAAGGACCUGAGUUAUCGUGUCAAAAAUAUGAAAUUGAUGAAAAAAAUGAAUUUUAUUGGCACGUGUAUCUGCAUCUCUCAAAAGAAUCUCAGCUCUGGUCCUAAAACAGUGAGGUACUAUGGAGCAUCAAUGUCCUGCAAUGGGAAGAAGGCUGGACAGAUCAUGGUCGCUGUAUCCUGUCUGCGCACCUGGCACGAUGGUGUAUCCAAUGCCGUGAUGACAUACAAGCCAGACAAGACAAAGAGAGAGAACUUUGAUGGCACCAUGAAACUACCAGAGUCUGUCAGGUGCCAGGCUUUCAAUGUGUGGAGAGGGGAAAAUAUGGAUCCUUGCAAAUCCUGUGUUGCUCUGUUUGGCCUGAAUGAACCAACCCAGCCAUCGGAAGUGAAGAGUUGGCCCUAUGGGAACUGCGCAGAGGCGGAGAGCUUGAGCAAAUUUCUCUUUGAUAAUGAUAAGGAAAUACCAUUAGUUGAUCUGGAGAGAGAGCAGGUGCGAGAAGAAGUAAAGGCACACCUGGUAGAGAAUCUCAAUGGGUCAGGAUUUAUUUUAGAUCUACCCUAUUAUGGUUAACCACAUGCAGAGAUACUGUACACACAUAAUGCAACACACUGACAUCCAAAACAUUAAACAUAGCUUGGUGCAGGGCUAGCAACAUGUGAUUUGUAGCUGACAGCUAGCGUUGAAACAUUGCCAAAGCAGUGAACCAGUCUUUGCAUACAAUAGUGUAAUUACUAGGCUAUAGCUACAGUAUCAGCUCUUAUUCUCUCUUUGUGUAGUGUUAAGUUGUCUCUUGUCGUGAUGUGUUUUGUCCUAUAUUUUUGAUGAAUUUGUAUUUUAUUUUUAAUCCCAGCCCCUGUCCCCGCAGGAGGCCUUUUGCCUUUGGUAGGCCGUCAUUGUAAAUAAAAAUGUGUUAACUGACUUGCCUAGUUAAAUAAAGUUUUUAAAAAGUUUAAAAAAGACAUCUGUGAAGUAGUGGGGGAUUGCUGUUUAGAGUACCUCUAUGGAGAUACUGUAUUAUUAACAAUAUACCUGCUGUAUUUUAUUAAAUACUCACAUUCAAGAAACAGCAUUGAAUGUUUAAGAUUAUUUUAAUUGUGAUUUUCAACUUUACUUCUUCACACUCAAGUCUCUAGACAAAGCAUUUAAAACCUCUAAAUGUCACGGCUUUCGAAAGGAGCAGACCAAAGCGCAGCAUGUUGAUAGUUCCACAUUUUAUUUACUCUAUGAAACUCAUGCAAUGCAUAAAAAUAACUGAAUAGACAAAACAAACCGUGAUGUAGAGGAGAACAAACACUACAAACAAUCACCCACAAAACCCAGGAAGAAAAACCCCUACUUAAAUAUGAUCUCCAAUUAGAGACAACGAGGACCAGCUGCCUCCAAUUGGAGAUCAUCCCAAACAAGCCAACAUAGAAAUACCAAAACUAGAACCUAAGAACAUAGAAAUCGAAAACAUAGAAAAACAAAACACCCCCUGUCACGCCCUGACCUACUCUACCAUAGAAAAUAACGUCUUACUAUGGUCAGGACGUGACACUAAAAGUCUAAGCCUGAUCAAGAUGGUCAUACCAUGGAUCAUUUAGCAAUUUGAUUACAAAUUUUGUGGCCCGUGUAUCUAUAAAAACAUAUUUGAUAAAAAAUAUUUUUUGGGGCCUUUACUACUAAAGCACAUAGAAACAGAUUGAAUAGCACAUUCAUAAAUGACAAAAGACAAUCCCAGUGUUAAUUUAAAAUGCAGCCUUCUAAUGUGCCGUCAUUCAGGCAUUUUUGAAGACAGCAUCCCAUGUAUCCUUCGCUGGGGAGGCUGUCCGAUAACAAUGCUGAAUUAAAUGGUGGACACGUCCCCCCUUGGGAGAACAUUUUCCAGAAGAAUAAGGAAUAACUUUAAGUAUAUAAUUUAUUUAUUCACAACAUUAUGUUGAAAUGUUUAACAAAUUACUUUUAUAUUCAUUUAAAAAAGCUUUUUUUUAACAGCCAUUUGCAAUGCAAGCUCACAAGUUGUACACGAUAGCUAGCUAACGUUAGUAGGCGAUCUCUUCCUGCUUAUCAGCUGUUCAGAGAUGAACAACUAAAUUAACUAUGCCUAAUCGUAAAUUCAGCAAUGUGUCAAUUCUGAAGACCCUGACAGUUUUUAAAUCAUGAAUUGGUGAACUUGCUAGCCAGCUAAAGACAUGUAGCCAACUUUUUUUUCACAUUGUUUUGUUUUCAGGGACUAAUGUGGGCAUCUAGCUUAAAAGAAACCUAUAAUUACAUCUAUAUAGCAUGAGAAAAAUCAAUAUACCAAAGAAAUAGACACAUUGUAAUCCAGAUGCAUGCCUGGAUAAGAAGUGUCAGUAUAAUAUAAUGAAUGUACUUAACCUGAUGGGUGUUGAUAUCAUUAAUAUAAUGAAUGUACUUAUGACUGCAGCCUGGUGGGGGUUGAUAUAAUUUUUUAACCAAAGUCACAAUUGUUCCACCAAUAUAAAUCGGUCCAAGGAUUUGGAGGGGCAGGGAACGCCCGCCCGCGGGAAGGAAUUUAGAGUGGGAAACCAUAGUGGCGUGAAGCAAAAAAAAUGGUUGAUUAUUAACAUAAGGGGAACAACUAUAAGAUGUGUAAACUUGACAAUGUAUAAACGGACUGUGCUGAGACUGGGAAAGACAGUUGCUCGAUGGACCAGCUCGGCUUGUUACUUUGUAAUAAAGUCUAUUUGAACUCACAA